AUGGUGAAACUGUGUAAUAAUUCUUGUUCUAAAGGAGACUGCGCUACAUGUGUGGGCGGUAGUAUUGCCAUCGGCGUUGUUGCAUUUCCAGCCCUCGCUAUAUUGGUACUGUACAUCCUCGGUAUAUUCUACAACAAAAGUCUUGGUACAAUUUUCGCCGAAAUACGUGAUGGUUUCCGUGGUACCAAGCCUUCACUCCACUAA